ACGUGUCCAUGAAUCCUUUAGAUAAAAAAAUAAAUCAUCUGUCAUACCUGGGCAGAAACACAGGAUGAGGAAAAUAAUGCCCUCUGUAUGAAAGUGUGAGUGUAGGAGAUGUGCAGCUGUUGUGCAACUAAAACUUCAAUGUGCUGAACUACAGAGCCAAAGACAACGUGGUUAUUGCAAAUAUACACUGUCCUGACUGAUUCCUGAGCACUUGAAAAGACCUCUGGAGUCCAGCCCCGGUCAAUUCCUGCAUGAGGAAGGAAACUUUCUUCAGAGAAGGCUUCUUGCCAUUCUUAACAGGGGUUGAGGUUACAACACUUCCUUGCUCUCGGCUCCCAAAUCUGCAUUUGCAACCACGCUUAUACAAGGCUACUGACUGCAUCCUUUUGCCUCUGCCCCAAGAAUGCUACCUGUUCCUCAAAAUGCAAUGGAAAAGUCGUGGAUUUCCUCCUGGACCAACCCCGUUUCCCAUCAUUGGAGGCCUCUGGCGGAUAAAAUUUAGAGCUGAUCAUGGGAACCUGAGAAAGCUGGCAAAAAGAUACGGCAACAUCUGUACCCUGUGGCUGGGUCACAAACCCAUGGUGGUGCUGUAUGGAUUCCGAGCUGUGAAGGAUGGUCUCACCACCAACUCAGAGGAUGUUUCUGGGCGAUUACAGACCUAUGUCUUCAACAAAAUGGCAAAUGGAAAGGGUAUCCUGGUCUCAAAUGGUCUCAUCUGGAAACAACAGAGACAUUUUGGAAUUGGAGCUCUUCGAAAACUGGGAAUGGGGAAUAAAGGAAUGGAGCGUGGGAUACAAACCGAGGCCCGUUAUCUGGUCGAGUUCUUCAGGGACAAAGAUGGGAGAGCCGUGGACCCCUCCUUCCCCAUUGUUCACGCUGUCUCCAAUGUGAUCUGUGCUGUGGUUUUUGGACAUCGUUUCUCCCUGGAAGAUGAAACCUUCCGCCGGCUGAUCGAGGCCUACAAUUGUAUAGUGGCUUUUGGGAACAGCUACUUUUACUAUGUAUGUGAAGUUUUCCCAUGGGCUGCGGAGCGUCUCCUGGGACCUGUGAAGAAAGCAUCGUUUUCCUGUGAUUUUGUUCGUUCUUUCGUAAGGCAGGAAAUCAAAAGCCACAGGGAAAGAGGCACAAGAGAUGAACCAGAAGAUUUCAUCGACUAUUACCUGGAUCAGAUAGAGAAAACUAAAAAUACCCCCAAUUCUACAUUUAAUGAAGACAACAUGGUGCAGUCUGUUUUUGACCUUUUCUUGGGUGGCUCAGAGACCACUGCCACCACUCUGCGUUGGGCUCUGCUCUAUAUGGUGGCCUAUCCUGACAUCCAAGAAAAAGUCCAGAAGGAGCUAGAUGCUGUUCUGAGUCCCUCCCAUCUAAUCUGCUACGAGGAUCGGAAGAAACUGCCUUAUACAAAUGCUGUGAUUCAUGAGAUCAUGCGCUUUGGUAGCAUUGUUUUAAUCACAAUUCCUAGAGAAGCAGUGAAGGAUACAACUGUUUUAGGAUAUCGGCUUCCAAAGGGCACUGUGGUUAUGGCAAACAUAGACUCAGCUCUCUUUGACCCUGGCUACUGGGAGACCCCUCAUCAGUUCAACCCUGGUCAUUUCUUGGACAAAGAUGGGAAUUUUGUGAUCCCAGAGGCCUUCUUAGCCUUCUCAGCAGGCCACCGUGUGUGUCUGGGAGAGGUGCUGGCAAAGAUGGAGCUUUUCAUCAUCUUUUGCAGCCUGUUGCAGACGUUCAAGUUCACCCUACCAGAAGGAGUUAAGGACGUCAACACAAGUGUUGUCUUUGGGAGCACAAUGAAACCCCAUCCGUACAAGCUCUGUGCGGUUCUUCGCUAGGUUGCAGGGUAAUACAGAUUUGAGAAAGAGGCAUUGCCACGGGUUUGGUAGCGUGCUGAUCUUUUGAGCAGCUCUUGUGUUUUUCAUUUCUAGCUGAAAUUCAGUGUGAAUCUAUCCUUGUUGUGUUAGAUGUCUAAGAAGCCAGCCCUGAAAAAUACUCCAGUUUUCCUGUGUCUGGAAAA